CUCAUGUCACUACAUAAAACUAUCAGAUGGUUAGAGGAAGGCCAUGUAGGCAGCCACUUAGCUCGUCUUACCGAGGACGCCAAAAGAAGUCUAUUCAGCUCUGCUAGCAGGACAAGCUGACUUACUUUGCGAGAAAGACUUAGAGCAGCCGUCAUUCCAUAAAUGUACACCGCCCGCCCGCCUGCUCACCGCAGAGACGCGCAGCCUGGCUCUUUUACGCACGACUCAACGCCAGCUUUUGCCUGCUUUUAAACUUUCCUCAGUGGCUGUUUUCAUGAAGAGCGACCAGCCUUCGCCAAGGAAUUAAAGAGGGACUACUUUUUAUUGAUUUUUCUGAAAAUAUCGAGGAUGCCUCGUCCGGGGAGAAACACGUACAGCGAUCAGAAGCCUCCUUACUCCUACAUCUCCCUCACUGCCAUGGCGAUCCAGAGCUGCCCGGAGAAGAUGCUGCCUCUAAGUGAAAUUUACAAGUUCAUCAUGGAUAGAUUCCCGUACUAUAGAGAAAACACUCAGCGGUGGCAGAAUUCCCUGCGCCACAACCUGUCCUUCAACGACUGUUUCAUCAAAAUCCCCCGGCGUCCGGAUCAGCCAGGUAAGGGCAGCUUCUGGGCUCUGCACCCCAGCUGCGGGGACAUGUUUGAAAAUGGAAGUUUCCUGAGACGCCGCAAAAGGUUCAAACUGUUGAUGUCAGCCGAUCACUUGGCUCCCAGUAAGCAGUCAGAUGCUGCGCAUUACCUCCAGCAGCAAGCCAAACUGAGGCUGAGCGCCCUGGCAGCCACCGGAACGCACCUGCCCCAGAUGUCAACCUACAACCUCGGAGUGACUCAGACGUCAACUUUCAAGCACCCGUUCGCCAUCGAGAACAUCAUCGCCAGAGAGUACAAGGUCCCGGGCAGUCUGGCCUUCUCCACCAUGCAGUCCAUGUCUGCCGGGUACCCGCUGCACAAUCAGCUGACCACAGCCUGGCCCCACAUGUACAACACCAGCAUGAUUGACACUGUCGCUCCAAUCUCCAUGGCGAGCAGCGACUACAGUGCGUACGGCAUGCCCAUCAAGUCCUUGUGCCACGGGGGACAGUCCUUACCCGCGAUUCCGGUUCCCAUCAAGCCCACCCCGACCUCCAUGGCGGGCUUCUCGGCGUUACCUCCACACAUCCCCGCGUUUCUAUCAAACUCUCCGCAGUCUCUGAGCCCGACGUCCCCACAGACAGCGACUAGCCAAAGCAGCCCAGCCACCCCGAGCGAGACUCUGACGAGCCCGUCCACACUGCAGUCUGUGGCUGUGCACUGACCACAUAAACUGGCCCACUAUUAAAAAAAAAAAGAAAAAAAAAAGAACUGCUGGCUGGCUCCCAGGCCCUGUUUAUUGAUCCCAAAGUUUAUAUUUUCUGUCGUCGGAAACUAUCAAGGCGAGUUGCAGUUGCAUAUCGAUUUAUUUGUGUAUGUGUUGAAUGUGUCGCUUUAAUAAAUCGUGUCAUAAAAGUCCAGCACAGAAUCGCACAGCGAAGUAUUGCUCUUGAAAAUAUAAAUUAUUUGAUAGUUCUAUUUUCAGUUGAUUGUGACAUGUGAGUGUUGGAAGUGGAGCCACAGAGUCAGUUUGUUUUUGGCACCAUCGACUCUGCUUUGCUUCUAAUUCCCGUGGCAGAUUUGUUCAUUUUGUUUUAGUCUGAUGAAAAAAAAAGCAAAUCGUUUGCACCGUUUCUGUGUGACCCCUGUAAUGUCAAUGAAAUAACGAGGCAAUGGUUUCUGUGUUUUUGUUUGCUUUUAAGACUGGAACCAUGGAGGAGGGGGGAAAACCAAAUAGGAAUAGGAUUUAGAUUUGUUCUUAUACCAUCCCUGGAAAAAAACGAGAGAGCAAACUGGAACUCUUUUCUAAGUGGAAAAAGUAUUGUGAGAUGUCCUCAAAAUGCAAGAUGUGAAUAUUGCAAAUAACUGAUACUGAAAUGUUGUAAAAUGCACUUUUUAGUUUUAUGUUUUAGAUAUCUAUUUUCCAGAAAAUCUUCUGUGAAGCAUUUAAUUUAAAAGGCUGUGGUGACCAUGUGUAUCAGAUGCUGUAAAUUUGUACUUUUUUUUUUUUUAGGUUAAAGCAUGCAUUCUAAAAACAAUUUGUGUUGUUACUGUUGCUGUUAUUGUUGUUGUUUUGUUUGUUUUCUUAUUUUUUGCAAGCAUGCGUGCUUUGGAAAACAAAUGUUCAAACAGUCUGCAAUGAAUUGGAUAAAAAAAAAAAAACUGGUCAUCGAAUUUAUUUUCUCAUUAAAAGUGAAGUAAACAAUCAA